AUGGCCGAGACGAAAGGACCGUUGUACAUGGGGUUUGACCUCUCUACACAACAACUCAAAGGAAUCGUGAUACAAUCUGACCUCAAGCUCGUCCACGAAGCAAAGGUCGACUUCGACGCCGAUUUCGGAUCGAAAUACGGCAUCAACAAGGGCGUCCUGACCAAUCCGUCUGAAAACGAGGUCUUCGCCCCAGUCGCUCUCUGGCUCGAUGCCGUCAACCUCGUCCUCGACCGCCUACGCGAUGCCGGACUCGACUUUGCACGAGUGAAAGGCCUAUCGGGAGCGGGAAUGCAGCACGGGACGGUCUUCUGGUCGAAGCAAGCGACGGGACUCCUGGCGAACCUGGACCCGGAGAAGCCCCUCACCGAGCAGUUACAUCCGGACGUGCGCUCCGGCCAAGGUGGCGACCGCCACGCAGGCAGCGGCGCAUUCGCGCAUCCCAUGAGUCCGAACUGGCAGGAUGCGAGCACUCAGACCCAAUGCGAUGCAUUCGACGGACGACUCGGGGACCCAGAGACCCUGGCACGGAUCACCGGCAGCAAAGCACAUCAUCGGUUCAGCGGUCCCCAGAUCAUGCGAUACCGCGAGAAAUACCCCGACCACUACGCAUCCACCUCACGGAUCUCGCUGGUCUCGUCGUUUCUCGCCUCCAUCUUCCUCGGCGAUGUGGCACCCAUCGACAUCAGCGACGUCGGCGGGACCAACCUCUGGGACACGCAUCGAGGGGCCUGGCACGAAGACCUGCUCUCGCUCGCCGCCGGCGGGUCCCCUGCCGCCGCCGCCGACCUCCGGGCCAAACUCGGCGCAGUCCCCGAAGACGGCGGCGCGACGUUCGGGACCGUCAGCCCCUAUUUCAUCGGUCGCUAUGGCUUCCCCUCGGAUUGCCGCAUCAUCGCCUUCACGGGGGACAACCCGGCGACGAUCCUCUCGCUGCCGCUCCGCGCAUCGGACGCCAUGGUGUCGCUGGGGACGAGCACGACGUUCCUGAUGAGCACGUCCGAGUACAAGCCCGACCCGGCGUACCACUUCAUGAACCAUCCCACCACCGCGGGGCUGUACAUGUUCAUGCUCUGCUACAAAAACGGCGGGCUGGCGCGCGAGGCCAUCCGCGACCAGCUCAACGCGCGCGCGUUCCCGCUCGCCGUGCUGCGCUCCUGGAAGACCUUCGACGCGACCGCGCUGGGCACCGCGCCCCUGGCGCAAGCCGACCCCGACGCGCCCAUGCGCCUCGGCCUCUACUUCCCGCGGCCGGAGAUCGUCCCGCACCUGCCCGCGGGCCAGUGGCGGUACACCUACGACGCGCGGGCGGGCGAGCUCGCGCCGGGGCCUGCCACGUUCGAGCCCCGCGACGCCCGCACCAUCGUCGAGUCGCAGAUGCUGUCGCUCCGGCUGCGCUCGCAGGCGCUCGUCGGCGGCGGCAACGGCGGCGGCGGAGACAACGACCACACCACCACCGGCAGCCCCCCGCCCCAGCCGCGCCGCGUCUACCUCGUCGGCGGCGGCUCCGCGAACCCGGCGAUCGCGUCCAUCUGCGGCGAGGUCCUCGGCGGCACCGACGGCGUCUUCCGCCUGGAGAUCGGCGGGAACGCGUGCGCGCUGGGCGCGGCGUACAAGGCCGUCUGGGGCUGCGAGCGGCGGUCGCGCGCCCCCGAGGGGGGUCAAGGCCAGGGCCAGGGUCACGAGACGUUCGAGGAACUGAUCGGCGCGCGGUGGCAGGCGGAGCGCUUCGUGCAGAAGGUCGCGGACGGCUAUCAGCAGGGCGUGUACGAGCAGUAUGGGGAGGCGGUCGUGGGGUUCGAGAGGAUGGAGAAGGCGGUCUUGGAGCUGCAGCAGCGGCAGCAGCAGCAGGAGGAGGAGGCGAGUGGGACGAGGGGGUGA